GCGGGCUUCGCCGCCUGGGUCUUCCCUGGGCCCCAGCCGUCCCGUGCGCGGUCUGGCCGCUGGAAGCCCAGAGGCUCUCGGAAGUUUUGAUUUGGAACCAGGAAAGGGUUUGAACUCUCUCAGAGUUGUGGGGAGAGGCCACGGUUUCCGGAAGUGAAGAACGUCGAAGAAAUUGUUGUUGGCGGUUAUUAGGUUGUGGUUUUCACAUGCGGCCAGCCCAGGAGCUGAGAUUUUAAGAGAUUAUCCCUCCUCCCUUACCCCGCCAGAGACUUAGAAAUAAGGGAACUGACAAGUGAAACAACUUGAGGAAUGGAGAUGUGAACAGCCAACGGGACACCUGCCUCUCCGGGAUCUUAUCUUGGGUAUAGUAGUUCCUUCGUGGAUGUUUGUGCAGUGGAUGACGGAGUGAAUGAAUGCACAAAUGAACAAGGAGCAAACACACGUAGGAUUAGGUGGCAAAUCUCCCUGAAGACCCUUAGUGUGCCUUCCUCCAUGAGACUGGAGGCUCUCUGCAGAGGCCUUUGCUGACAACACCUCCUCCAUAUGGAAGGCCAUUUGACGUGCUUCAGAGUGGCAAUAUCCAACCCGUUCUCUAAAGCCCAACUUCUGUGCCAUCUCCCGAACGAUGUCCCUCUAAACUCAUUCGCCUCCAGAUUCCCAGACUCACUUUGUGAACCUCCUCUGAAGGAUUUAGCACGUUAUUUCCUGCAUGUACAGUAACUCGCAUAUGCAACUUGCUUACGUGGUUGAGGGCAGGGACUGUACUGCAGUGGUGUUCGUAUCGCUCCAGCUCCUAACAGAGGAACUUACACAUGAGAAACUCUCAAGGCACCAGCUGUGAAGGCCAGCUGGGGAGAGCCUAGCCUGUCUGUGCUGAGUUCCCAUUUAGGCUCAAAGACUAGAUCCAACGUGGAAGAACACGGUUUUUUGGCUUCCAAACCAGGUAACUCUGGAUAAGUGAACAAACAAAAAAAAAUGUGAUUCUGACACGUGCUACAACAUGAAUGAACCUUGAAGACGUGCUAAGUGAGGCAUCAGACCACAAUCUUCUUAUCAGACCACAACAUUAGUAUUUGCCACCUUGGACAUCACAGGUACAGAGUCAAAGAGGACCAGCACCGCAAAUCCGUUGAAAAGGCCUGGACUGUUGUUACUGAGUUGGUAUUGCAAACUUGGUAACACAGAGGAGUGGAUGUUUCCUGACAACCUAGUUUGAUUACAUGGUGAAAGGACAGAAGAGAAGACCAAGUCCAGGUAUUGUGGAACAGGAGGAUUUUUCAGUGUAUCCAGGCCUCCAUGCUGUUACAAAGGGAACAGGGGCCGUGACAUUUCUCAAGCUUCUAGCCUAAUGACCUCUGCUCUGUGCAUAUCCUUUCUUGGCAUUUACAUAACUGGAAGAAUGGGUGCAUAUAUAUAACAUUAUAGUCACAGUUAUUAGAGAUCUUUUAUUAUUUUUUAAGUAAUCUCUACACCCAACAUGGGGCUUGAACUCACAGCCCCAAGAUGAAGAGUUGCAUGUCCUACCGACUGAGCCAGCCAGGGGCCCAGGUAACCGGCCAUUAGAAAGAACAGACCUCGCUUCGUGACCAGCGGGAAGCCCUCUUCUGAAUGACAGCCCCUUGUCCCCAGGCCUUUUCGUCAUGGGGAUUGGCAAGCGAAGUCUGCUUGGCCUCCCUGUGUGAUCCAGGCUUACGAGCCAGGGGCCACUUUUAGAGCCGCCGGUGGGGAUGACAUCCGUUUGUCACCCGGCUGUGAGCUGUUGGGUGAAACCAGCUCCCGCUGCCCGCCUGUCAGAGCCUGCGUGAGAAGGAUGCCGUUCUUUCCUGACAGCGUCUACCUUCACAAUCACCUUAGCCUCAAAAAUGCACCAGGAAUUCACGCGGCAGCGGCACAUUCCAAAUCCCUGCGUAGGGUGGCCGCGCCCAGAUUCCACAAGAGAGCCUCGGCAGACCUGGCUUCCCCCGCCUGCCUUCCCCACCUCCUCAAGUGUCUCUGCCUCGUGACUUUGAGCCGUGGUGCCAUCAGGCAGGGACGUGUCUGCGUUUUUGAAUGACAUCAUUGGUCCCAGAUGAGAGGUACCAGUGACCCCGGCCGGGAAGGUCCUGAGCGCUCGGCAACAUGGCUUCCCCGCCCCACCAGCAGCUGCUGCAGCACCACAGCACGGAGGUGAGCUGUGACUCCAGCGGAGACAGCAACAGCGUGAGGGUCAAAAUCAACCCCAAGCAGCUGUCCUCCAACAGCCACCCCAAGCACUGCAAGUACAGCAUCUCCUCCAGCUGUAGCAGCUCUGGGGACUCGGCGGGCGUCCCCCGGAGAGUGGGCGCUGGAGGCCGCCUGCGCAGGCAGAAGAAGCUGCCCCAGCUGUUCGAGAGGGCCUCCAGCCGGUGGUGGGACCCCAAGUUCGACUCGGUGAACCUGGAGGAGGCUUGCAUGGAGCGCUGCUUCCCGCAGACCCAGCGCCGCUUCCGGUAUGCGCUCUUCUACAUCGGCUUCGCCUGCCUUCUGUGGAGCAUCUAUUUUGGGGUCCACAUGCGGUCCCGACUGAUUGUCAUGGUAGCCCCUGCUCUGUGCUUCCUCGUCGUGUGUGGGGGCUUUUUUCUGUUUACCUUCACCAAGGUGUAUGCCCGGCAUUACGUGUGGACCUCUCUGGUUCUCACCCUCCUGGUGUUUGCCCUGACCCUGGCUGCCCAGUUUCAGGUUCUGACGCCUCUCUCAGGACGUGUUGACAGCUCCAAUCACACCCUCGCCACCAAGCCCACAGACACUUGUUUGUCUCAAGUGGGGAGCUUUUCCAUGUGCAUCGAAGUGCUCUUUUUGCUCUACACCGUCAUGCACUUACCUUUGUACUUGAGCUUGUGUUUGGGAGUGGCCUAUUCUGUUCUCUUUGAGACCUUUGGCUAUCACUUCCGAGACAAAGACUGCUUUCCCCCACCCGAAGCAGGGGCCCCACACUGGGAGCUGCUGAGCAGAGCCCUGCUCCACGUCUGCAUUCACGCCAUUGGGAUCCACCUCUUUAUCAUGUCCCAGGUGAGAUCCAGGAGCACCUUUCUCAAGGUGGGACAGUCAAUUAUGCACGGAAAGGAUCUGGAAGUGGAAAAAGCCCUGAAAGAGAGGAUGAUUCAUUCUGUGAUGCCAAGAAUCAUAGCUGAUGACUUGAUGAAACAGGGGGAUGAGGAGAGCGAGAAUUCUGUCAAAAGGCACGCCACCUCCAGCCCCAAGAACAGGAAGAAAAAGUCUUCCAUACAGAAAGCCCCUAUAGCGUUCCGCCCUUUUAAAAUGCAGCAGAUCGAUGAAGUCAGUAUUUUAUUUGCAGAUAUCGUGGGCUUCACCAAGAUGAGUGCCAAUAAGUCCGCUCACGCCCUGGUGGGUCUCCUCAACGAUCUGUUCGGUCGCUUUGACCGGUUGUGUGAAGAGACCAAGUGUGAGAAAAUCAGCACCCUGGGAGACUGCUACUAUUGCGUGGCAGGGUGUCCAGAGCCCCGGGCUGACCAUGCCUACUGCUGCAUUGAGAUGGGCUUGGGCAUGAUCAGAGCCAUCGAGCAGUUCUGCCAGGAGAAGAAAGAGAUGGUGAACAUGCGUGUCGGGGUUCACACGGGGACCGUCUUGUGUGGCAUUUUGGGCAUGAGGAGGUUCAAAUUCGAUGUGUGGUCCAAUGAUGUGAACUUGGCCAAUCUCAUGGAGCAGCUGGGAGUUGCUGGCAAGGUUCACAUUUCUGAGGCCACUGCAAAAUACCUAGAUGAUCGGUACGAAAUGGAAGACGGGAGAGUGACUGAACGGCUUGGCCAGAGCGUUGUUGCUGAUCAGUUGAAAGGUUUGAAGACAUACCUGAUAGCGGGUCAGAGAGCGAAGGAGUCUCGUUGCAGCUGUUCAGAGGCCUUGCUUUCUGGCUAUGAGGUCAUUGACGGCUCACGGGUGUCCUCAGGCCCUAGGGGACAGGGGACAGCAUCGCCAGGGAGUGUCAGUGACUUGGCGCAGACUGUCAAAACCUUUGAUAACCUUAAGACCUGCCCUUCGUGCGGAAUCACGUUCGCCCCCAAAUCGGAAGCUGGUGCAGAAGGAGGAGCGGUCCAAAACGGCUGUCAAGAGGAGCAUAAAAACAGCACCAAGGCUCCUGGAGCUCCUAAUUCCAAAACUCAAAAUGGACUUCUGAGUCCUCCCCACGAAGAGAAGCUCACCAACAGUCAGACCUCCCUGUGUGAGAUCUUACAGGAAAAGGGAAGGUGGGCAGGAGUGAGCUUGGACCAGUCAGCUCUCCUUCCACUGAGAUUCAAGAACAUCCGGGAGAAAACAGACGCCCAUUUUGUUGAUGUUAUCAAAGAAGACAGCCUGAUGAAGGAUUAUUUUUUCAAGCCACCCAUCAAUCAGUUCAGCUUGAACUUCCUGGAUCAGGAGCUUGAGCGAUCCUAUCGGACCAGCUAUCAAGAAGAGGUUAUAAAGAAUUCUCCCGUGAAGACUUUUGCCAGCGCCACCUUCAGCUCCCUCCUGGAUGUGUUUCUGUCGACGACAGUGUUUCUGAUUCUGUCCAUCACCUGCUUCCUGAAGUACGGGGCUGCUUCCAUGCCUCCCCCGCCCGCCGCCCUGGCCGUCUUCGGUGCCGCCCUGCUGCUGGAGGUGCUGUCCCUCGUGGUCUCCGUCAGGAUGGUGUUUUUCCUGGAGGAUGUGAUGGCUUGUACCAAGCGCCUGCUGGAGCGGAUAGCUGGCUGGCUCCCGCGCCAUUUCAUUGGGGCCAUCCUGGUGUCACUCCCUGCUCUCGCCGUCUAUUCACAUGUCACCUCUGAAUUUGACACCGACAUACACUUCACCGUGUUCGCGGGCUCCGCCAUCCUGACCGCUGUCGUGCACUACUGUAACUUCUGCCAGCUCAGCUCCUGGAUGAGGUCCUCCUUAGCCACCGUCGUCGGGGCUGGGCCACUGCUCCUGCUCUACGUCUCCCUUUGCCCGGACAGUUCCGUAGUAAUUUCACACCUGGAUGUGGGACAGAAUUUCAGUUCCAAGGGGAAUCCGUGCAACAGUUCCUUGCCGCGUGACGGCAGAGCAGCCAGCCUGAUUGGCCAGGAGGGGGUUCUUGUCUUCUUUCUCCUGCUCUUGUUGGUCUGGUUCCUGAAUCGAGAAUUCGAGGUCAGCUACCGCCUGCACUACCACGGGGACGUGGAGGCGGACCUCCACCGCACCAAGAUCCAGAGCAUGAGGGACCAAGCUGACUGGCUGCUGAGAAACAUCAUCCCCUACCACGUGGCUGAGCAGCUGAAGGUGUCCCAGACCUACUCCAAGAACCACGACAGCGGGGGCGUCAUCUUUGCCAGCAUCGUCAACUUCAGCGAGUUCUACGAGGAGAACUACGAGGGGGGCAAGGAGUGCUACCGCGUCCUCAACGAGCUCAUCGGGGACUUCGACGAGCUCCUGAGCAGGCCGGGCUACGGCAGCAUCGAGAAGAUCAAGACCAUCGGAGCCACGUACAUGGCUGCGUCAGGUCUGAACGGCGCGCAGUGCCGGGACGGCAGCCACCCGCAGGAGCACCUGCAGGUCCUGUUUGAGUUCGCCAAGGAGAUGAUGCGCGUGGUCGACGACUUCAACAGCAACAUGCUGUGGUUCAACUUCAAGCUCAGGGUGGGCUUCAACCACGGGCCGCUCACGGCGGGGGUCAUCGGCACCACCAAGCUGCUCUACGACAUCUGGGGCGACACCGUCAACAUCGCCAGCAGGAUGGACAGCACGGGGGUGGAGUGCCGGAUCCAGGUGAGCGAGGAGAGCUACCGCGUCCUGAGCAAGAUGGGCUAUGACUUCGACUACCGAGGGACGGUGAACGUCAAGGGCAAGGGCCAGAUGAAGACCUACCUGUACCCAAAGUGCACGGACAGCGGGGCCGUGCCGCAGCACCAGCUGUCCAUCUCCCCGGACAUCCGAGUCCAGGUGGACGGCAGCAUCGGGCGGUCUCCCACGGACGAGAUCGCCAACCUGGUGCCUUCUGUCCAGAGCGCGGACAAGACGCCUCCGGGUUCCGAAAACAACGUGCAGGCCAGGGAUGGUCACCUGUCCUCUAAGAGGCCCUGGAAGGAGCCUGUCAAAGCCGAAGAAAGGUGUCGAUUUGGCAAAGCCAUAGAGAAAAGCGACUGUGAAGAAGCGGGCGCUGAAGAAGCCAGCGAGCUCACCAGGCUCAACGUUUCUGAGAGCGUGUGACGCAGCGCCCGUCGCUGCCGCGGUGCUCUGCUCCUUGAAACCCAGUCACGUUUGUACUUGCCUGUUGUGCGUCCCGAGCACCACAGCCUCUGUCCCUGGACGUGGUGUCAUGUGGUCGUGGCAGCCCUGACGUCUGUGCGGACCACAGCUAUUCAGGGGUCGUUUCCAUCCGUCUCGUUCCUUUUCUUCCCCGGAGCCCUAUCCCCUGGGUGUGACCGUCCAGCAGCGUGGAGAACAAGUGCCUUCGGGGGCUGCCCGCGGCGUCUAGUCUGGGGACAGAGACCGCCGGUGGAGAUCAUGGCAUUGGGUAUUGCUGGACUUUUUAAACAGAAGCUGUGGUUAAGAUAGCGUUCUUACUGCUUUUCCUCACAAGACACUUUGGGUUUUUGUUUUGUCGUCGUUUGUGUUUUUGUUUUGUUUUGUUUUGUUUUGUUUUUGCUAAUACAAUGUUUUUGCGGUUUAUUUUUUUCUGUGUACGUAAUAGUGUUUCCCAGUGCCCUGAUCUUUCUAUGUAAACAUGUACACGCACACACACUUUCAUUUAUGAAUCUGAGAUCAAGUGCCAGUAACUCACUGUGAGGGGUGGUGGGGGGGCGUGGGGUGCGAGCAGCCGCCAGCCUGGACGGCCCGUGCCCUCCCCACCUGCGCCUUCCAGAGCUCCUGGGCCCUCGGGGCUGAGGGGGCACCGCUCCCCGGCCAGGCGGCGUUAGGGCUUCUUCCACGUGCAGGCCCAAAUUCCAGAUGCUAACCAGGGAUGAGCUCGUGAACCCAGGCCUCAGGUAUUUAAGAGCCGUGUUUCAUUCUGCCCCGGAAACCAAGGGGUCUUCCAGCUGGGAGCGAAGGGGUUUGUCUUUGAAGCUGAAUCCUCUGAGAGGGAAACUCGAAAUAAACGUCUGAGGGUUGCAUUUAUUUAUUUAUUUAUUUAUCAGGAAGUGCGUGUUUCGGCGGGGGGGCUGCCAGGACAUUGUGGUGAAGGGAGAUAGGCUGGGUCGGGGAAAGGGGGUCUGCAGAGCACACAGCAGGGCGAGAAGAUGCCCACUAGUGCUUUGGCCACUUUGGGCCACGUCCCCACACAGGGGCUGAGCAGGACCUGGACAGACGUGGCCAGAGCACUCUGGGCCAGAGAUGCUCCCAGCCACGGUUUUCAGCCUAACUAACGCAGCCGCUUCUGCCCUGCGAGCUGCAGAUCAGUGCCCACGGGGCCUGCCUGCUACAGGGGUCGAGUCAGAGCCCUGCUCUGUAUGAGGCAGGAGGCCUGGGCAGAGCACAAGGGUGGGCAGGCAGUGCCGGCAGGGGCUUGGCUCCCACACAGCCCAGAAGUUUCUCAUCCUUUCCCGUUCUUGGCUUGCGCUGGGCCUCUGUGCGGCAGGAUUGAACCUAGUGAGUGAAUCUGAGCCCCCUUUAGGUGGAGUUCUUACACUGUGCGUAGAGACAGAAUCGUCCACGUGCAGAUGAGGUGUUAAACCAGGGCAAGUGUAGAAAACCUAAGGAAAAUCACUUCUGGGCCCUUUGUUGCUAAUCCUGCCUGUGAUGACGUUUUGCCAUGUUGAGUCUGGAGCGUACGUGGUGUUGAACUCAAGCUAGAGUUGCCUUGUCGUGGUCAUUUUCCAGGUGACACUGGCAUACAGUUCACAGGAUAAUUUGAGGACUAGCUCCUUCUCUGUUGAAGGUCUUUACCGGCAUGCCCUGUGCAUUUUCUUUUCGCUGCUAAAAUCUCUGUGUAACUGUCACAUCUACAUCAGGUCCCAUUAUCAACCCCGCCCCCCAAAUUCAUACGCAAUCUGCCAUUUCCGGUAUCAGGAAAUACUGAUUCUGAUCGGCCAGCUCUCCUUGGGGACAUGCAUGGGUCCCAGCAGUAUGGCCACAGCCAGGGUCUUGAUGUCCAAGCGAGUCAGGAGCGCUCUCAGUAACCAAGAUCUUCCUUCAGGUUUUACUGUCAGUUUGUUGGUCUUCCGAUGCCGGAGAAAGGAUGGUGUGACAAUACCUCUUGCUUCUAAAGAAUGUAUUCUUACAAGAUCCUGCAGAAUUUUUAUUUUUAUUUUUGUUUUAAAACACUACCCGAUGCUGUCCUUGCCCAUAGGGAAGGUGGGUGUUAGGGGCUUCUAUCAGUGUUAAGGCGUGUAUCUGAGUGUGGUCCUGUCCCUUUGCCUUCUUUCCCCAGGCUCCAUAGCUCUGGCAGCAGCUAAGGGGCUGGGCAGUUGCUGACUCGUCAGCUGUGUCUCUGCUGUUCCACUCGGAGCACGCCCUCCAAGGUUCAUCUCUGCACAUGCGUCCUCCCCAGCACAUUCUCUUAUUCCUUCCCCUGCUGCAAGGAUGUUUGUGAUUCCUGACCCUGGGAAGCUGCAGACGGCAGGGAGAGGGUCUUAACAUCUGGCGAUCUGGUCCAGCAGUGUGCAAGUUGGAGCCUUUGAUGGAUGGCUCUCCCAGAGUUUUAAAAUUGUCUUUUAAAAAAACACCCUGAGCCUUCCUAAAUAACCAGUACAGAUGUUCUCUCUGGGCCACUAGGCGACAUGGGUCCUUCCCGGUUCCCUGCCCUGAAGCAUACCUCAACGCAGGACCACAGAAUCUCUGCAGCGGGAAUGCCAUGCGCCCAGCUCUGUUGACGUUGAACAAAUAGUCACUGAAGACAGGUCCCUAAGAAGCAGUUCAAGCGCUACCAGCACGAUGGAUGUAUUCUUCACAGUGGCAAUACCUCUUACGAACUUAGGUCAGGAAGCAAUACUUCAGAACUGAAUGUGUGUAAAUAGUUGCUUUGAGUUGCAACUGCUGUUUUCUUCUUGGCCCCAAGUCAGAUCGAAUUAUACACACAUACAUAUAUAUAUGUAUAUACAUAUAUAUAUAUAUAUAUAUAAACAAGCACACACAGAGUUUUAUCCAGUGCAAACAAACGUAGAGCAUCAGUUAUGAAGCCCUUAAGUAGCUUGAAGAGUCACACAGAUUAUGCAACACCUGCACAUUUGCACUUGACACUGAGAGCCAGAGGGCCGCGUGCUUCCCGCGACGUGGACUGUAAUAAUUUGUAGUUUCCAAAGAUCUGUCUGCGUUUGCAUUUCUAGAUUUUUGAGAUAAGCAUUUUUUGGUUGAUUGUUUCAGAAAAUCACAUCAUGCCUAGAACCUAAAGUUAAAUUAGCAAGAACCAACUGUUUGCAUUUUUCCCUCGUUCCUUCACUCUGCUCUUUUUAAAUUGUUAAUUCUAAUUAUUUGAAAAUGCAUCCACUGAAGAAAUGGAUAUUAAAAUAUUCUAAAAUCUAAA